AUGACGAAGGGAUACCAGACAUAUAGCACGCACAUCCUUCGUUUCGGCGCCCUGCCCCCCUCCCCCCCCCUCCCCAUCCCGAGGUGGAGAUCAAGCCGGCUCCAUCGUCCUUCUGCGAUGAAGGCUUCCUCGUCUCCACAGCAGCGUGGGCAGCAGGAGGCGAAGCAGCAGGGGGUGAAGCAGCAGGAGGUGAAGCAGCAGGAGGUGAAGCAGCAGGACUUUCCUGGCUUCGCACCCAUUGACAGACAUGUCGAGCCUUUGCUCGCGUCCGGCGCAUUCGAUGGCCAUCUGGUGUUUGGCAUGAGCUUCCUCGGGUUUUCUGAUCAGGCCUGCAAGGAAUGCCGUCGGAGGAAGGCUCGAUGUAACCGUGCGUUGCCGACUUGCGACCCGUGUGUCAAGUAUCGCCGGCAUUGCCUCUAUGAAAAGCAUUCCCGGACACCUCUCACCCGCAAGCAUCUCACCGAGGUGGAGGCACGGCUGGAACGAGCAGAGCUUCUCUUGAAGCACAUGCGCAAUUUGGUGCCUCCUCACUUGAGGACUUGGGAGAGGCAAGAUGCCGCCCCGCAACCAUCUGCUGCUUCCUCCCACCAUCAACAUCAAUUUCCGGAUCCAGCAUUCAAUUUCUCAAGUGCCGUGCAUCCGGGCACCGCCAAUUCUACUCAUCCAUCUCACGGCACUCCAGAGUGUGAUGCCAAGUCCUUCGCAGCACCCUCGGCGACGUCGCCAGCCAGGCAAGCAAAAGUAGACCCGCGUCAAGAAUCUCGCCGGCCCCCUGAUCCCGAUCAACAACGAAUGCUAGAGGGACCUCCUCUUGAGGACUUUGAAUGGAGCGAGAUCGACUCGGCAUCCGCGUCUUUUCUCUCUGCUGAAGUCGCCGGGGAGGGAGUUGGCGGGGGGGACGGCGGAAACGUUGCAGACGACAGUCCGUUGGCCGAUGGCAUGGCAUCGCUUAGCUUGAAUGAAGGCGAAUCGGGAUAUCUCGGCGUGGCGUCGGGCGCAGCACUGUUGAGACUUUUCGAUCCACAAACACGGAGACGGACAAGAGCAAGAUCGCCGAGACCUGAUUCCAAGCCGUCCUUCAAGGCCUCACUGGCGCCGCUGCCCAACUGCAACCAACACAUUACCGACUUCAUGCUUGAUUCCUUUUUCCGCCUCUACCACGUCUGCUAUCCCAUCGUCCAUGAGCCAACCUUUCGCGCCCAGUACAGCGGGCUGAUACCCAGGCCGAAUGGAGCAUAUUGGACGGCUCUUGCUUACGUUGUUGCCGCCAUCGGGACGUGGUCCUCGGCAGAAUCGUCGGCAGGCACGCUCGACGUGGCCCUCUUUUCUCACGCGAGGUCUAUUCUGGGAUGCAACUUUCUCGAAGUCGGAAACCUUAGCCUUCUGCAGGCACUUGUGCUCGCGUCCAACUACCAACAGAAGCGGGACAAGCCAAACUCGGGCUACAACUACCUGGGGCUCAGUGGUCGCAUGGCGAUGGGUCUCGGUCUUCACAAAGAGUUCCCAGGAUGGAACAUCCCGCCGCUGGACAUGGAGAUUCGCAGGCGGGUUUGGUGGAGCCUCUGUUCCUUUGACAGCGGUGCCAGCAUCACGUUUGGACGACCAGAUGUGUGGCCGUACAGGGGCGUGGAGCUUGCGUUUCCGUUGAACGUAAAGGACGAGGACCUCACCGCGGCUUCGCUGUCGUACCCGGCCGAAAGCAACCAAGUCACGCCAUACACGGCCAUCGCAACCCAAGCUCGGUUCCACAUUGCGGCGCUCGGAUGCUACGAAAAGGUCAUCUCAAAGUCCUUCUCCACGGCCGAGGAGAUGCUUCGUCUAGACUCGUCCCUCAUCGAUCCCUGGAAGGCCAGCGUUCCAGCCUACUUUGCCGAGGGCACCACCGUACCACGGCUGUAUGCCCUUCCGCAAGCCAUAAUGGGAUGGCGUCUACGAAACUUGCGCAUAAUCAUGUAUCGGCCAUUCGUCAUACGCCGAGCGUUGAGAGGGAGGCCUGACUCAGACGAAGCUAGCAUUUUGGCUUAUGAGAAAUGUUUGGCGAAUGCAAAGUCAACCAUUGAGAGCAUUGAGGAGUUUUGGGAUAACCAAGAGCAUAGCCGUCACGCGGCCUGGUAUGGAUUAUACUUUCUCUUUCAAGCCGCCUUGAUUCCUUGUCUCUGCCUUCGAAAUGAAUCAUCAGCUGAAAAAGCAGGCGACUGGCGGAGCCAAAUUCGCAUCACUCUCAAGGUCAUAGCCGCCAUGAGCUCCCUAAACGCCAGCUGUUGGCGGUGUCACCAGAUCCUCUCCGACCUGUGCAGCAAACACAUUGACAGCAGCCCACCAAAACAUUUUGAAACGUCUUCAAAGACGCCUCCGUUGCAAAAGAUGUAUCAAGAGCACAGCUUGCCCCAGCCAGCACACCAAGCUGCGUCCCCUUGGCCUACUAGCCAGCCUUGGGGGCAAAAUCCGGAAAUGCAGAUCAACAAUGUUAUUAGCAUGAUGUGGCCAAGCGUUCCGGCGCUGGAAGCGGCUGACGUAGGAAUGGCGGACGACACAGGAUGGAUGGAUUUCUGCGAUCUGGAAGCGGCGGUUAUUGGUGAUGCUUGGGCAAGAAUCAUGAACCUUCCGGGGAGAUGA